CAGAAAUGUUUUCUGGUAAUAAUUCAGACGGCUCUUUUCUGUAAAAUAAAAAUAGGAUUUGUUAUUUAAACUGUGAACUUAAACUAACUUAUGAAAGUUUUGUGACUAAAUGACUCACUCAGGUUAUAUAUUUGAUCUAGUUGAGUAUGGAAUAGUCCAUAAGAGGCUUCCAAUAGAUUGUUUUAGUUCAUCUUCAGCGUAUCUUCAUCUUUAGUGCUGGACAAAAUCUUGGUUGAGUUGUCUAAACCAGUGGUUUUCAAACCCACAAAAUAACAGUUGCAAACACUCGUGACCCCAAAUAUUACUUGUUUAUUUAUGCAAACUUAGCUAAUAACUCUGUUAAACAUGAGAAUAAUAAACAACCCCAUUAACUAUGAUACCAAUUUUCUUCAUUUAUGAUUAUUUAAAAAAAAUUGCAAUAAUCAUGAUGAAAAUAUUCUAUUAGCAUUUUUUAUUCUUUUUGCAUUUAAAUGGAUGUCUGAAAAUCGUCUAGGGACACUCACUUGAUGUUUUGUGACCCACAAAGAGGUUCCGACCCCAACUUUGGGAACCCUAAACCGUCUCUGGGUCUUCUGAAGACAUGUGUCCCAGCAGGGACCAGGAGACGUGUGUCCCAGCAGGGACCAGGAGACGUGUGUCCCAGCUGGGACCAGGAGACGUGUGUCCCAGCAGAGACCAGGAGACAUGUGUCCCAGCAGGGACCAGGAGACGUGUGUCCCAGCAGAGACCAGGAGACGUGUGUCCCAGCAGGGACCAGGAGACGUGUGUCCCAGCAGAGACCAGGGGACAUAUGUCCCAGCAGGGACCAGGAGACGUGUGUCCCAGCAGAGACCAGGAGACGUGUGUCCCUGCAGGGACCAGGGGACAUGUGUCCCAGCAGGGACCAGGAGACAUGUGUCCCAGCAGGGACCAGGGGACAUGUGUCCCAGCAGAGACCAGGAAACAUGUGUCCCAGCAGGGACCAGUAGACAUGUGUCCCAGCAGGGACCAGGGGACAUGUGUCCCAGCAGGGACCAGGGGACAUGUGUCCCAGCAGAGACCAGGAGACAUGUGUCCCAGCAGGGACCAGGAGACGUGUCCCAGCAGGGUCCAGGGGACAUGUGUCCCAGCAGGUCCUUCCUCAGGUUGAGUUGUUUUAAUCUCAGUUAAACACUGAAGAAGAAAAACACGGUCACAGCUUUCAGCAGACUUUUCCUGAAAAAGGCUGAAACAGGAGUUUUCUGCAGAAAAGGAUUAGGGCCACUGAAAAAUA